AUGACACUCCCUCACCACACACCUAUCAAAUCUGCCGGAUGUUUGAUCAUUGGCGAUGAAAUCUUGAAUGGCAAGAUUAUGGACACAAACUCAUACAAUUUCGCCAAAUUUUGCUUCAAUGAGUUGUCAAUUCCAUUAAAAAGAACUGUAGUUUGUGGAGACGACUCCCUUGACAUCAAAACGUCCUUGAACAACCUACUAACUCAGGACAAUGUGGAUUUUCUUGUUACCUCCGGAGGGUUGGGUAGCACACACGACGACAUCACUUAUGAGGCUAUUAGCGAAUACUAUGAAUUGGAGUACAAACUAGACAAAGAAGUUGUGGACCGUAUGCAGUCACUUCGUAAAGACUACUUGGCAAACUUGGAUAAAGAACAAUUGGAUGCCUUCUACAGAAUGGCCACUUUGCCAACUGCUGUUGCUACCACCACAUCCACAAAUACCCCCCACAACACCACGAAACCUAACAUCAAAGUGGAGAAAAUAUUUGGCAGUGACAAAAUGUGGUUUCCCAUAGUUAUCAUCGAUGACAAAGUCUUCAUCUUGCCAGGUGUGCCUCAACUAUUUGUUCAAUGUUUGCCAGUCAUCAAAUCCUAUAUAUCUCCUCGACUCGACUCUGAGAAAUUGAUAAGAAGAUACGUCGUGACAAAAACUGGUGAAAGUCAUUUGGCCCCAUAUCUUGGUAAAUUGCAAAACAGGUGCAAUGAAAAAUACGGUGACGGCGUUGUUAAAUUAGGAAGCUAUCCGCACUUGGAGUCUCAUUUGAAUACAAUCAGUGUGAUUGGGAGCCAACUACUGUCGAAAUCAGAUCUUGAUUGGAUAAUACAGGAUUUACUAAAGAAUGUUGGUGGUCAGGGUAAAGAAAUUACUCAGGAGGAAGAAGAUAAACUUCAUUAG